UCGAUCACAACUUUUCUCAAGAACCUGAUCGCUACUUGUAUUCCUGGAAGCCCCCGGUCACUGAUACUUGCACCAGUCACUAUCCACAUUAUUUGCAUCAUUAAAUCCAUUGACUUUUGACUCCAAAUAUUUCUAAGAUCUGAAGGAUCCGAGGAGGUCAUUCUCCGCAGUGUGGAAUCGAGACUCUGGAGAACUCUAGAAGCCUAGGGCGUCACGGGACCCCUGGCAGUAGCAGUUUCAUAUCCAAUCAUAUAGAUUCGGUGGUCAGCAUUAUUGUCAUCACUAUCUAACAUCUCUCUCUUCCUCCUCGUUCAUCGGGUCAACAAACACACUUGUGUAAACCUUUCUACUGACCGCCGAAUCCCUUUUUAUCUUUUCAUCCACCUCGGUUUAACCCUACACCAGCCAGUCUGUGCCAUGUCUUUUGUCAAGCUAAGCAUAUUUGGCACCUCUUUCGAGGUCACUACUCGCUAUGUCGAUCUGCAGCCUGUUGGAAUGGGGGCAUUUGGCCUUGUCUGCUCUUCUAAGGAUCAACUCACUGGGUCUUCUGUUGCCAUCAAGAAGAUUAUGAAGCCCUUCAGUACCCCAGUUUUGAGCAAGCGAACAUAUCGUGAGCUCAAGCUCCUCAAGCACAUACAACAUGAGAAUAUCAUCAGUCUUAGUGAUGUGUUCAUCUCGCCACUUGAAGAUUUGUAUUUCGUUACCGAACUCCUUGGAACCGACCUUCAUCGACUACUGACGUCGCGACCUCUGGAGAAACAGUUUGUCCAAUACUUCCUAUAUCAGAUUCUGCGUGGACUAAAAUAUGUUCACUCCGCGGGCGUCGUGCACCGAGACCUCAAACCCAGUAAUAUACUUGUCAACGAGAACUGUGACUUGAAGAUAUGCGAUUUCGGAUUAGCCCGUAUCCAGGAUCCCCAAAUGACAGGCUAUGUCUCGACGCGAUAUUAUCGUGCCCCUGAAAUUAUGUUAACCUGGCAAAAGUACGAUGUUGCGGUCGACAUUUGGAGUACAGGUUGCAUAUUUGCUGAGAUGCUCGAAGGAAAACCCUUGUUCCCCGGGAAAGACCAUGUCAAUCAGUUUUCCAUCAUUACUGAACUAUUAGGCACACCUCCAGAUGAUGUCAUCGAAACUAUCGCAAGCGAAAACACUCUCCGCUUUGUGCAAAGUCUGCCCAAACGCGAACGCGUGCCUUUCAGUCAAAAACUCCGAACUACCGAUGCGGAUGCUUUGGAUCUUCUAGAAAAGAUGCUAGUGUUUGACCCUCGGAAACGCAUAGAUGCUGCGGAGUCACUUGCUCACGAAUAUGUGGCACCAUAUCAUGAUCCAACCGAUGAGCCCGUAGCUUCUGAGAAAUUCGACUGGAGCUUCAAUGAUGCCGACCUCCCCGUUGACACGUGGAAGGUCAUGAUGUACAGCGAGAUUCUGGAUUUCCAUCAGGUUGGGGACACAUCUACAUCAGCGAGCGGUAUACCCGAAGGUGCACUAGCAGGACCAGACGCACCAGCAGGAACUACACCAGCAAAGUGAAUCUUCCCAUAGUCCCAUAUUGUUUUCAGCUGGAUGUCUGUUUUGACGUGAUCCUUAUACGCAAUAUCUUUUUGUCACUGUUGCAUUAAAGGAGUACAGGUUUUGGAGUGCCUUCGCUUUUCCGGACACGAAUCGUUCACUACUACUAUCUCUUCCAGAACCAAUCACUUGUAAUGUUUUCAAUUUUACAUAAUGAGCAAGCAGGAUUGUAUGUAUCAAUCGAUAUCUUUUCGAAUACACGCACAGAUAGAACUACUACUCACAAGUACUUGGAUUCGGGUAGUAUUGUUGUGGGUCCUUGAACAUGAACCGCACUCAUUCGUGUGGUUGAAUAUAUACUACUAGAACAACCUUGGUUUA